GGGAUAAUCGAUCACUUCAGGGCUAGCGUACCCCAGCCCGGAUCGGGGGGCGGCAUCAACAAGUCCAGAAGUUAGCUAAGAAUAGCGACUGGGGAAAGUGUCGAGGGCAUAUGCUCCGAGCCAGAUGCAGCUGAGUAUGGUGCAAGUGUGUAUAUAACUUCCUCGAUCGUCCCCUCCCAACACCGGGACCAGCUCACCACCCCGUUCACCACUCGCCAACCUAGAGCUUACUCGAGCACCGAGUCGCCACAAUGGUUACCUUUUCUUCUCUCUUCCUCGCGGCCACAGCGGCUGUCGUGGCAGUCGCCGCCCCCGGCGAGCUGCCCGGCCUGCACAAGCGCCAGACGUUAACCAGCAGCAAGACUGGUACCCACGACGGUUACUACUACUCUUUCUGGACCGAUGGUGCCGGCAGCGUUCAGUACACCAACGAGGCUGGCGGUCAGUACAGCGCGAGGUGGUCUGGCAACGGCAACUGGGUCGGCGGCAAGGGCUGGAACCCGGGUACUGCUCGGACCAUCAACUACACGGGCAUAUACAACCCUAACGGCAACUCGUACCUUGCCGUCUACGGGUGGACCCGCAACCCGCUCAUCGAGUACUACGUCGUCGAGAACUUCGGCACCUACGACCCCUCGACCGGGGCCCAGCGCCUGGGCAGCGUCACCACCGACGGCUCGACCUACAACGUCUACAAGACGCAACGCGUCAACAAGCCGUCGAUCGAGGGCACCAGCACCUUCGACCAGUUCUGGUCGGUCCGCACCAACAAGCGCAGCAGCGGCAGCGUCAACAUGCAAGCCCACUUCAACGCCUGGGCCCAGUCCGGGCUCCGCCUCGGCUCCCACGACUACCAGAUCGUCGCCACCGAGGGUUACUUCUCUAGCGGCUCGGCUACCAUCAACGUCGGCGGUUCGUCCAGCGGUGGCGGCGGCGGCGACAACGGCGGCGGUGACAACGGUGGUGGUGACAAUGGCGGUGGUGACAACGGCGGCGGCGGCGGCGGCGGCGGCGGCGGCAGCUGCGCUGCCAAAUGGGGACAGUGUGGUGGCCAGGGCUGGCAAGGCCCGAGCUGCUGCCAGAGCGGCUCGACCUGCCAGGCCUCCAACCAGUGGUACUCUCAGUGCCUGUAAACUGUGGGAGCGUAGAGGCUCGUUGAAGAGGACAAGGUCCCAGAUUCCGGCACGGUUGAUGAGGAUCGGGUUCAGGGGUUCAGGGGCUUGGGGGUAUUA